AUGCCGCCAGCGCAGACGUCUACUCCCCCGUCGCACAUGCGCACGGCGCCAAGCGGCUAUCGCCAGAGCGCAUCGCUCGGCAAGAUCCCGUCGCCGGCCUCGGCACACGCCAUGAACGGCAGCGCUGCCGCCCGCAACGGCGCCGCUGGCCCGGGCGAGCUGCGCUCUCAGCCUGCUGCUCCAGCCUCGCAGCGACGCUCCUACACCGGGCCGUGGCUGCAGCCCGUCGAGUACGCCGACGACUCCUCGGCAUCCGACGGCGAGGCGGCUGCGCCCACGCCGCGCGCCGCCUCGAAUGCGCCUCGCUGGAGCAUGCCCGCCGGCUCGCAAACUGCGACUCGCUCGCGCGACGCGCUGCUCAGCGCCCUCGGCGCCGUGCGCCAGGCCGAGGCAGCCUUGCGCACCGCCGGCGAGGCGCUGCACCUGGCGAUCAGCACGGUCGCCGCCACGCCGCACCCUGAGACAGACACCGACGAGCUGCUGACCGCAGACGAGUCGCAGGCCGAGACGAGCGGACUGCAGGCGCGACGCGCGUCCUUUGUGGAUCCCAACCUGACGCCGACGAGCUGCAGCCCCUCUGAGGGCAUGGGCAUUGCCCUCGGCUCGCCGGCAAGCCACCGUGUGUCUGCUGCGGUGCCGUCACGAAUCGGCGGGCAUCUCCUUGCGGAGUCAGUCAGCCGCCCGACGUCGCGGCGCGACAUGUACACACCCGUAGAGGACUUUGCCGGGCUGGACUCAAGCUUCGAGGCCGAGACUGCCACAGAAGGCCUGCACUGCCAGGACAGGCGCAGUUUCGAGCUGUACGCACCGGCGGCCUCGGCUGCGCCCGACCAGGUACCGCGCUCGGCGAGCUCGGCCAAGGCCUUGUCGGUGGCGGCACCGCCGUCGGACGCCAGCUCUGACAAAGAGGAGGCGUCGCCGAGCUUUCGCUUCGAGCUCGACGUGCCGAGUGCCGAGCUCGAGGAAGGCUCGGACUGCAGUCCAGGCGCGACGGCAUCGACGCCCCGUCAGCGUCGGUCGCAGAGCGAGCUCGGCGGCAUCGAGAUCCACCUCGACUCGACCUUCAUCGACCCGCCGUCGCGACGAGUCAGCCUGCAGCCCGAGCGCAGAGUCGCGCCGAACGGCCCGAGGCAGCUCGAGCCGCUCUGUGUAGAGACCAAGGUCUCUGGCUCGCCCGAGCUCAAGUCCUUCAUGGAGCCGCCUUCGGCAGCCCCUUCCGAAGGUGACUUUGGGACGCAGCUUGCUUUUGGUAGCACAGAGCGUGCGAUUCUGACGCAAGAUCUGAGUGAAGACUCGACCAUGUCCGUCUCCGCGUCGACUCUGAUCGAGAGGGCCAGCAACUUCCUGCAGGCGAAGCAGCUAGGCCAUGCCAGUCGCAGCACGAAUGCAACGACGGAGGACCGCGACUACGAAGGCGACGAGACUGCCGAGCUGAUCGAGGACGCAUACUACCAGCCCUUGCCACAGCCCAUCGCCGAGCCGCACCAGCUCUCGCUGAUCGAGGAGUGCACCGAGCCGGCCACCUCAGCUGGCUGGGACACGACGGGCACGCUCGUCUCGGACACCCGCAGCCUGUCGCAUCGCAGCUCCGCAGGCGUCGGGCAGGUAACGUCGCGGGACGCCACGCGGACCGAGACUCCGGCGACGACAGCUACCAUCCUCGAUCUGUACGGCGACUCUGCUCGCUCGCUCACGCCCGCGACGCCGUCGCGCCGGUACCUCGGCAGCACGGACCACACACCUGCCUCGACGUCAGUGCUGGCAGCUCUCAUCGGCCACAACCUCGCCGCCGACAUCUCCCUUGCGCGCAACGACGGGCCUGCCACGCCCGAAGGCGGCGACCUGUCGCUGCCGCAGUUCGGUUCGCCCGAUGGCACGCCCCUGCGGCAAGUGCGAGCCCAGUACGCCCGGAUGCUGCGGCUCUCUCGUGACGAGCUCAGCGCCACUGCCAGCGCCAACGCAGUUCCGCCCCCGGUGCCGAGCAAGACCGGCGUCCGCAGCCCAGACGCGUCCUUGCGGCACGAGGACUUCACGUCGAAUUCGCAGCCGCAGCUGGGCAAGAGCCACUGGUCCAGCGCAACCUCGAGCUGGAACCUCAGCAGCGACAGCAGGGGCUUCCAGCUGCGCAGCGAUCUCACUGCCGCGCUUGGGGCCAGCGCCGACCGCUCGAUGCCCUCGGCAACGACUGCCGGUCCAGCUGGGCGCAGCAUUGUCACUCAGGCAGACGAGACACGAGACAUGACCUCGGCACUGCGCUCUUCUGGCUCACAACGCUCAGGGGCCGUCUCGUCGGAGGACUCGCAAUAUAGCACGACGGAGGCCACGGGCCAGACCACUCACGGGCGCAGCAACAGCUUUUCGCGAGGCGCCCGCACGUCGCAGGAGCACCAGCAGCGUCGCAAGUUGAUCCAGGAGCAGCGUCUCAAGGCGCACCAGCAGGGCGUGCUGUCUGCUGCUGCGCUCGUCGCGCUCACCUCUUUCGACUCUGAGGCCGGCACGCCGCUCACGCCCGUCGCCGUGGUGGAGAUGUCCGCGAAGAAGGCCGAGAAGCAGAAGGCGGCGCCUGCUCAUGCACUGCCCGCCGACGGCUAUGCGCUGCCGCUGCCUCCGCCGCGCCAGGAGCCGGUGCCGUUCAGUCAUCCGCGCGAGGCUCCCUGUCCGCCGCCGCGGGGCACGUCAAAGAAGCGAGCAUUCCUGCCGCAACGACGCGCAGGCGCCGCGGAGACCCAUGAGCCGGGCAGUCGCUGGCCGAGCGACGAGAGCAGGCACAGCUCCGGAGCGCUGCGCUCCCCGCCUCCGCCGCCGCAGCUGAGCGGCGCGCAGGACAAAGCUCCUCCUCUGCCCUCGCUCGAUGGCGCCCAGCCCGGCGAGGCGACGACGCGAGGAAGCGCCAUGUCGGUGACGAAGUGGUUCUCGCGCAAGGCCAAGGGCCUGAGUGGCCAGGCGCUCCAGCCGCGCAAGGUCGGCAGCUUCGACGCGCUCAAGGACCUCGUGCCGCCAGCGAAGACGGGCCGGCCUCGCUCGGCGUCCGUACAGCAGAGGGAGUCGACGGACGACUCGGACGCGGCGCUGACGGAGGAGCUCCGCGACGACGACACGCUGUCGCGCGGCAGCGUCGAGGUGGGCACCGGCUGGCUGAGCACGCACGGCAACGCGCUGCUCGCGCCGCAGACGCCCGAGACGUAUCGCUCCGCUUCUCCGCACUCGCGAGACUGGGCACGCAUUGUAUCGCCAGACACGGCCAAGGCGCGUCCCAAGUCGACCAACGAGUCGUUUGCGGCCCUCGGCGCAUCGCCCGAGGCUCCGUUGCGCGCCAAGCAGAUCGCCGCGGCACGGGGCAUCCAGCUCUCGCCGCAGGUCACCGACUCUGCCUCGUACUUUCCCAGAGUUGCGCCCGCCGCGCAGCUGACGCCCCUGACGCCGGGCACAGAAGACCUGCGUCGCGCGGGCUCGUGGGGGGACGCCAGCCCGACGCUGCCGCCGCCGCUCUCGGCUCGCACGGCGGCGUCGACGAGCGCGAGCGAGCGCGACUAUCGGCGCGGCUCGUGGCUGCUGGCGCAGGCGCAGAGCCCGAUCGUGCGCCGCGUCUCGGUGCGCUCGCUCGGCGACAUGCCCAUCAUCGGCACCGCUGCGUCAGGCGGUGGAGCAGGGGCCGAGGGUGCUGUCGUUGCGCCGACUGCCGCGCACGGCAUCGGCGAGACCCCUCCCGUGCACUCGUCGAGCUCGCGCCGCCGCCUGUCCGACUUGAUUCUGCGGCGUCCGCUGGCGUGA